AUGUCUUCGGCAACCAUGGAGCCCCAACUCCCCACCAUUCUAUGCAUUCACGGUCAUGGCACCAACGUGGCCAUCUUACGCCUCCAAGCCAGCCGCAUUGUGCACGCUCUCAGUGACAAAUUCCGCUUCGUCUUUGUGGACGCGCCCUUCACUUCACUCCCUGGACCGGGCGUGGUACCCGUCUUCAGUGAUUUUAAGCCCUUUUUGCGCUGGCACUGCGACGAGAACACGGUUCACAAGUUCGAUAUUACGCCCGAGGAGCUGGAAGAGGAGCGGCGGCGGGCGCGCGAGCUCUUAGCGGGGGUUCCAGGCAAGGAGGCUGGAGCCAAAAGUGCUCCGCGUCCGCUUUGCCAUCAUGAUAUGCGGCACAUUUCCCGCGUUGCCCAUCGCACCCCGGAGACGCUGUUGAGGUCUCACGACCCGUGGGCUGCAGAAGGACGGCGGCUGAUAGAGACAUACUUUGAACCCACGUUGGCCAAGACAGUGAAGUUUAGUGGGGGGCAUCAAGUCCCUGCAGGAAGGAUCGAGGUGGCACAGAUUGCUGCGAUCCGAAAACGCCUUCCCAAGUUCUGGCUCCGCGCCCCCAACAUGCCCGACGACCAGCGUCUGUUUAGCCGCACGCACCAGCACGCCAGUGCCCAGCAUACCAUGCACCGUCCCCAGUCAGAAUCCGUCCGGGAAGGCAAGCUCCGGGCAGCUUGUGACCGAUGCCACGAACUCAAGAACCGCUGCGUGAGGAUCGGGGGCGCUGACAGCCGCUGUGACCGAUGCGAGAGGUUGGACAUCGACUGCGUCUACCGGUACUCCUCUCGCAUGGGCCGUCCGAAAGGUCAAAAGAAGACGUCUGUGACAGAAGCCAGACAGUUCAGCGAGACAGGCCGCCAGCAAACGUCCAGCCCCUUGGGGAUUCAACCAACCGACGUCGACUGGGGCGUCGACUUCUUCGGCCGCCACAUUACCGGCAUCCACAGUUCUCUUUUCCCACGGAGCUACCCGUCACCGCAGGCGGUGCAACAGGUAGACGACGGUAUCAGCUCCCCGACUCCCGGCGUCAACGCCCCUAGUCCCAACUCCACCAGGCCUAACGAAGUAACAACGACACUUGCGGACAGGCUGCUCGAACUACAAGCCCAACUGCACCGCCACUUGGCAGCAGCAGAUGGGCAAAUGGGGUCUGAUAACGUGCAGGACGGUCUCGAGGUCGCAAAGACCUUCCUGGCGGUGCUCCAAGCCAGUUUCGCCUCGUCACAAAACGACAUGGCCUCCACCGAACCACUGGGCUUUCCAUCCGCCGACCAACUUCACGCAAUGACAACAAACUGGCCCUCGGUCUCAGGCCACAAUUUUGCUUGCCAAAACCGCAAUUCCAUACCGGACGACAACGACCCCAUGUCAGCAAUGGACGAAGACCCAACGACGGAAACGCCCUGUGCCGUGAGCUUCGUCACAGCACAGCAAGCAUUAACAUGCUACUCGUACGUGCUCCUCCUACUCGACCGCGUCGUGAGCGGCGUGACAAGCCCGGUCCGUUGUGCUGCCCCAACCAAUGCCAAUACGAGUGCUGCUCCUAAGCUGAGGAGCCCGAGCCAGGAGAGUCCCACAGUCCUGCGCCUGGGGCUCUUCAGCCUGGACUCGCAGCCCGCGCUGAAUACUGAGAUUGUGCUGCAUCUGCGCCUCCAGAUUCAGAAGCUGGCGUCUAAGUGUAAUGAGCUUGGGGGGGGGGGCGGCUUGGGCCAGACUAGGUCGCCCGGGACGGCUGCUGCUGCUGUUGGCAAUUCAGAUGAGGAGGCGUUUGGGAGGAAAGGGACAUCGCCAGCACCGAUAGCCGCUAUAGUGCAUGCAGUGUCGAGCCUCAUCGUUGAGCGAGAGAGCUCGUUGAUUGAUAGACUGUCAUCCCUGACCGCUGGUACUGCUUGGGAAUAA